GGCAGUUGCGCUUCAUCCAUUCAUCUCCAUCUCCAUCAUCAUCUUGUCUUCGUCUUCUUUCUUCUGCUUCGUCCAGACCUUUCUUUUACUUUUCUUUUUAUUUCUUCAUAUCUUUGUCUUCCUGACAGUCUCCCCCUUUUUUUGUCAUUUCUAUAAUUCAACCUUCCGUAUUAGACAUCUUCAUGUUCUCCGGCUCCCUCUUUCCCCACUGGCGCCGCAAGGCAGCCGAACGCUCUAGCAGCAGCUCAUACGAGGUCCCCUUCUUUCUCAACGCCGCUUACUACCCCAAUUGGAGAAUCUAUCGCAAGCAACCGCCGUCAUCACUCCGCUUGGGUUUCAUCUCUCACAUCUUCUACGCGUUUGCCUGGGUCAAGGAAGACGGAACGGUCUAUUUGAGCGAUGAGUGGGCCGAUACACAGAUGCCGGUAGACGGCACCCAGGGCUGCCUCCGGGCGUUCGUGCAGAUGAAGCAGCAGUAUUCGAAGAUGAAGAUCAUCCUCUCCGUCGGAGGCGGCGGGAAGGGAAGCGAGAACUUCGCCGGCGUGGCUCGGAGCCAAUCCCGCGUCGAGACAUUCGUGCGCACCGCCCGCGCCUUGGUCGAUCAGUUCGGACUCGACGGCAUCGACGUUGACUGGGAGCACCCCUCGGAUCCGCAGCAGGGUCAGGAUUACGUCCGGCUGUUGGCGCGACUUCGGGAGGUGCUGCCGGCGCCGCGGUAUGUGCUGGCGACGUGUCUGCCAGCGGGCCAGUGGGCUCUCCGCAACAUCGAUCUCGGCAAGGCGUCGCUGUACGUCGACCUCCUGAACAUCAUGACGUACGAUUUCGCUGGUCCCUGGGCCAAUGAGACGGGCCAUCAGGCCCAGCUGUAUGGGCGCUCCAGCGGCGCCAUCUCGUGUCAGUCGUCUGUCAAUUACGUGCUGCACCAGGGGGUCGAUCCGAAGAAGCUCCUGCUGGGGGUGCCCGCGUACGGGCGGUCGUUCUUGGGGAGCAGCAACACCGGACAACGGUACGCAGGGUGCGGUGGAGAGGACGGCGUCUUCGACUACAGCGACCUACCGCGACCGGGAGCCAAAGAGCACCACGACGACAAGGCGGGUGCGGCCUGGUGUUCCGGGGGUGACGGUGGGUUUGUGACGUACGACACGCCUCGGACGGUGCAAGCCAAAGCCAAGUUUGUCACCAAGACGAAACUGGGGGGGUUAUUUUAUUGGCAUAUUGGCGGAGAUGCACGCGGUUCACGGAGUUUGAUUGAGACGGGAUAUAAUUCAUUGCAUGAUCUUUGAUUGGGGAGGCUUUCAACCAGACGGGAAAAAGGAAAGAAAGUAAAACAAUCAAUGAAAGAAAGAAACAAGAGAAAGAAAGAAAGGAAUAAAAGAAAGAAACAAAACAAAACAGCACAAUGAAGAAUGAAAAUGGGCGGCUUUUUGAUUUAUGACAGCAAUGACCAGAACGAAAGGAUCACUCACUCACGUCAGGGGGGAGCAGCGAUUGAUUUAUAAACUAGUAUACACAGUACUAUUG